AUGUCCUUCUACUUCUCGGACACAGCAGUGCUGCUCUUUGACUUCUGGAGCGUCCACAGCCCCACAGGGAUGGUGCUCUCAGUGCUGGUGAUCCUGCUCCUGUCCAUGCUUUAUGAAGCCAUCAAGAUGGGCAAGGCCCUGCUGCUGCGCCGGGCGCUGCUGGCUCUGCCCCACAGCCUCAGCCAGGAGUCACUGGUGGAGCCAGAGGAGGGGGAGCCUGGCUCUGCACAGGGCAGGUGGUUUGGGUACCACGUUGGGCAGACACUGUUCCACGUGGUGCAGGUGGUGCUGGGCUACAUGGUGAUGCUGGCUGUCAUGUCCUACAACGCCUGGAUCUUCCUGGGGGCCAUCCUGGGCUCCACCCUGGGCUAUUUCCUGGUGUACCCCCUGCUUGGUCGGGGCUAGCUGCCCCCCUCCUCCCCCCCAGGGUGGUUCCCCACACCUCCUGCUCCUCAGUCUGGAGCAGCUCUGCUGGGUCUGUCCCAGGGACUUGCUGUGGGGACCCUCAGUGCUGGCCCCCCCUCAGGUG